CUUCUCCCCACGACUCAACUUUGCUCUGGAGAAAAGUUUGACCCGCAGACGUCGGGUCUUUUUAUCAAGGCAAAAAUGAAGAGCCUUCGACGAGAUUUCAAGUCAGAUCCGCAGACCGCAAACGUCACCAGCAAAAUCUUCGUCCGCUCAACAAAAAGUGGGAAGGUGCAAAAGAUUGUUCGAGAGCUCUACCUAAGACAGGAUAUUCCUUGCUCCUCUCGUUUAUGUUCGAUAUGCCCGUCCGUCGCUCCAGCAGAUGCAAAUGGGAACAUUGCGCCUUUCGUUCUUUCGGAGCAUCCCGCUGGCACAACUGAAUUUCCUCGUGGCCACUAUCUCAUCCCUGAUACGAAUGCGCUAUUGAAUGGCAUGGAUCUUUUUGAGCAUACGGGGGCAUUUUACGAUGUGAUUGUGCUCCAAACCGUCCUUGAAGAGCUGAAAAAUCAGUCACUGCCUCUCUAUAACCGUCUCCUCGCUUUGAUUAAGACCGAUGAGAAGCGCUUCUACUUGUUCUUUAACGAAUUCCGUCUCGAAACGCACGUUAGGCGGGGCCCAGAUGAAUCAAUCAACGACAGGAAUGACCGCGCUGUGAGAACCGUCGCAAAAUGGUACAUGGAGCAUCUGCGCGCCGUUACGAAGAAGACCAAGAAAGAGAAGGCUAUCCCAGCUAUCGUCGUCAUCACAGACGACAAGGAAAACCUGCGCAAAGCAAAGGAAGAAAAUAUAACCGCCUUGUCUCUCACGGACUAUGUUGCUGGCCUCGAAGAUUCCGAUAGACUGCUCGACAUGAUCACCGAGUCUCGAGAAGCAAGGGAAACGAAGGGCGCUCGUGGAGAGCUCUUCUAUCCCGAGUACUAUUCGAUGUCAAAGCUAAUGACAGGUUUGAGGGCAGGAAACUUACACCAAGGCGUUUUCAAUGUCUCCCCUUACAACUACCUAGAAGGCUCCGUCAACGUUGCUGCGUUCGACAAGCCCCUCAUUAUCAUGGGUCGUCAAAACAGCAACCGAGCUAUCUCUGGAGAUGUUGUCGUUAUUGAAGUGUUGCCCCAGGACCAGUGGAAGUCCCCGUCAACCAAGAUUGUGGAGGAAGAAGCGAUAACUAAGAACGACAACCCCGAUGCCGGGGAUAACGAAGCUGUAGUAACCGAGCGGGAGCGAAAGGCAUUGCAGGAGGAAGUUAAGAAAGCCCAUGGGAAAAAUUCUGAAGGACGUCCACAGCCAACCGCGAAGGUUGUUGGGGUUAUCAAACGCAACUGGCGGCAAUAUGUUGGAACUGUUGACUCCGGUUCAACAAGCUCCCAGACUGCUUCUGGUAGGCGCCAGCAAAAUGUCUUUGUUUUGCCAAUGGACAAGAAGGUACCGAAGAUUAGGGUUCGAACUCGCCAGGCUGCAGAUUUGUUAGGCCAACGAAUCUUGGUCACAAUUGAUGCGUGGGAUCGUGAUUCUCGAUACCCCACUGGCCAUUUCAUCCGUUCACUGGGCGAAUUAGAAACAAAGGGGGCGGAAACGGAAGCUCUGUUACUUGAGUACGACGUUCAAUACAAGCCCUUCCCCAAAGUUGUCCUGGACUGCCUGCCUCCCCAAGGCCAUGAUUGGCGAGUCCCAGAAAGCAAGGAUGACAGUGGCUGGAAUGGCCGGAGAGAUCUUCGAGAUCUCCUCAUCUGCAGUAUUGACCCUCCGGGCUGCCAAGAUAUUGAUGAUGCCCUGCACGCACGCCAGCUGCCCAAUGGCAAUUUUGAAGUGGGUGUUCACAUUGCAGACGUAUCUCACUUCGUGAAACCGAAUAAUGCCAUGGACCUUGAAGCCAGUGUUCGCGGAACGACAGUUUACUUGGUUGACAAGCGUAUUGACAUGCUUCCACACCUCCUCGGUACUGACCUCUGUUCUCUCAAACCAUACGUGGAGCGCUACGCCUUCUCGGUUCUGUGGGAGAUGACGCCGAAUGCAGAGGUUGUUUCCGCUGAUUUUACGAAAUCGGUGAUCCGAUCACGAGAAGCAUUCAGUUAUGAACAGGCACAAAUGCGGAUUGAUGACCCUUCGAAGACUGACGACCUGACCCAGAGCAUGCGCACCUUGCUUCAUUUAUCAAAAAUCUUACGCCAGAAGCGUAUGGAUGCUGGUGCCUUGAACCUCGCUUCUCCAGAAGUCCGAAUCGAAGCCGACAAUGAUGAAGUCGGAGAUCCAUUGGCUGAUGUCAAGACGAAGGCCAUGCUCGCAACGAACAGUCUUGUGGAAGAAUUCAUGCUUCACGCCAACAUUACUGUGGCAUCCAAAAUUUACAGCGUCUUUCCCCAAACUGCCAUGCUACGAAGACACGCUACGCCCCCUCCGCAGAAUUUCGAGGAGCUCACCAACCAACUUUCCAAAAAGCGGGAUAUGCGCCUUGAUGUCUCGAGUUCAGGAGCUCUUGCAGACUCACUCGAUCGUUGCGUUGACUCGGAAAACCCUUUCUUUAAUACCCUAGUCCGUAUUCUGGCCACUCGAUGCAUGACGUCCGCAGAGUACUUCUCCGCUGGCGCUCACGCCGAGUCUGAGUUCCGCCACUACGGUCUGGCCUCCCCGAUCUACACACAUUUCACCUCCCCCAUUAGAAGAUAUGCGGAUCUGUUAGUUCACCGACAACUUGCAGCUGCGAUCGGCUACGAAGGGGAAGAUGGUCGAGCCUCGAUUGAAGGCUCUAUGACACGGAAUCGUCUGGAGGAUAUUUGCCGAAACAUCAAUUACCGACAUCGAAACGCCCAGUAUGCCGGUCGGGCGAGCAUCGAGUAUUACGUUGGACAGGCCCUUAAAGCACGUGGAGAGAAGCUGGCCGCGGAUGGUGUUGAUGGCGGUAUCGAGGAAGAUGGAUAUAUUAUGCGAGUUUUUGAAAACGGAGUGGUUGUGUUUGUGCCCCGGUUCGGUAUCGAAGGCGUCGUUCGUCUGGAAGAUUUUGUCCUCCCAGGUGACUCUUCCCUGCGCUCUGUCGAGGAACGACGGGAACUAGUCGUACGCCGCGAAAGCGAAUUCGACAGUGAAGGGUACACCCUGCAAGUCUCCGAGAAGGGCCAAUCCGAGAAAGAUCGAUCCGCCAUCGUUGAACUUUUCCAGCGAGUCAAGGUGAAUGUCAGCUCCGUGAAGGAAGAGAGUGGACGUGGAGCAGGGAAGAGAAGGGUCAGGAUAUUGAUCCUUAACAGUUGUAUUAACUGAGACAUAAAACAAAAACUAGAGGUACUUUAUUUAUUUAUAAUCUUGAAUGAAUGAAUACAUACGCG